CCCUACGGUGUCGCGCGGUGCGGUGGCUGCUGACAUCUCUUUCUGCACCUCGAGCUCUACGCGCGGGUGGUGGCUGCUGCGCUUCCUCUAUACAAGCCCUACGUGCGGCUGCUGGUGGUGACGCUUUGGCUGCUCCUCGAGCCCUACAUCCUGCUGCCGACCUACGUCGAGCUCUACACGGCCACUUCGACCUGGACGAGCCUGAGCCCUUCAGGCUAUACUCGGUGGACUUCAUGAAGGACGACACUGGUGGUGUGCCGGCCUGGAACGGCGACCCAGCUUCAUUCGAAGCAUUCGCAACAGCGUGCAAAUGGUACACGCUCAGUCUCAAAGAGAGCGAACGGAGACAGGCGGCAUCCAGAGUUUGGCAACGCCUUCAAGGAGCCGCCAAAUCAGUGGUGCGGCAUCUUGACCCUUCGGAGUACGAUGCCACCAAUGGAUUGGACAAACUCCUGGAGGCUUUGAGAUCUUCGCCACUUCAACGUCUACCUGUUUCAGACAGCCUGGAGAGAACAUCCCGCAGUUGCUCGUGCGAGAAGAGGAACUUUUCACAGAGCUUCAACAGCCUCUCCAACGAGUCACCUACUGGACCCAUUGGGACGCUUGAGGAGGACGAGACAGCUUCCGAACAUCGAAGAUCCCUGGAGGUUGAUUUCUUUGGUGAUGAUCUUCGAGGGUACCGCUUGUUGAAGGCGGCCAAGCUGAUGACUUCCGAGAGGCAGCACAUCUUGACCCUCACGACGAACUCAACGAGGUUCAUAGAGGUGAGAAGAGCUUUGAGGACGCUCUUUGCAGAAGAGAAUGUGGAGGACGGGAUGAACCAGCGACCAAGGAGGGCAGUGUGGUUCCAAGACUCUGAGACUUGGGGCGAGAUGCACUAUGAGGAGGAAGACCAAGAAUG